CGCGGGGUGCGUGUGCGCGCGCACGCCUGUGGUCCGUUAUUUUCCGGGUUGCGCUCGGUGGCGGCGGCGGUAGUUGUGCUGCGGCUGCCAGCUGACACUUGUACCGAGGAGGGGAGGUCAAACUGGACUCUCUCUCUCUCUCUCCGUGUCUCCGUCAGUCCGAGGGAGACGCUGCUAACUAGCGAAGCAUCAUCAUCAUCAUCAUGGCGGAUCAAGGCGAACCCACGGCUCCGGUCCAGCAGCCGCAACCGGCGCCGACAGCCAGCUGGCCAAUUACCAGGGAGUCGUACGAGCUGCAGGAAGUCAUAGGCAGUGGGGCCACAGCUGUGGUGCAGGCAGCCCUCUGUACCCCCAGACAGGAGCGCGUGGCCAUAAAGAGAAUCAACCUGGAAAAAUGCCAGACCAGCAUGGAUGAGCUAUUGAAAGAAAUCCAAGCCAUGAGCCAGUGCAACCAUCCCAAUGUUGUCACCUACUACACCUCCUUUGUUGUGAAGGAUGAACUUUGGUUAGUCAUGAAGCUUCUAAGUGGAGGCUCCAUGCUGGAUAUAAUUAAGCACACAAGCAAAGAAGAAGAUAAAAAUCGAGCUUUAGACGAGCCUAUUAUUGCCACAAUAUUAAAAGAAGUUCUCGAGGGCCUGGACUAUCUGCACAGAAAUGGACAAAUUCACAGGGAUGUGAAAGCUGGGAACAUACUACUGGGAGAAGAUGGAUCUGUUCAGAUUGCAGAUUUUGGAGUCAGUGCGUUUCUAGCCACGGGGGGUGAUAUGACUAGAAACAAAGUUCGAAAGACCUUCGUUGGCACGCCGUGUUGGAUGGCGCCGGAGGUGAUGGAACAGGUUCGAGGCUACGAUUUCAAAGCAGAUAUAUGGAGUUUUGGAAUCACAGCCAUAGAGUUAGCAACAGGCUCUGCACCCUAUCACCGCUACCCUCCCAUGAAGGUUUUAAUGCUUACCCUACAGAAUGAUCCACCCACUCUAGAGACUGGUGUGGAGGACAAGGAAAUGUUAAAAAAAUAUGGCAAAUCAUUUAGAAAACUUAUAACUAUGUGCCUUCAGAAGGAUCCUGCCAAAAGGCCUACAGCCGCAGAGCUUUUGAAGUGUAAAUUCUUCCAAAAGGCCAAGAACAAAGAAUAUCUGGUCGAAAAGCUUUUGUGUCGUGCACCAAAGAUUUCCCAGAGAGCGAAGAAGGACCCCGAGCAGAACUGGGGGAGCCUUGGUUCUAUGUCAGGUUUGGAAAGUAAACCCAACACCACCAGAAGGGUGAGGAGAGUCCCAGGCUCCAGUGGCCACUUGCACAAGACAGAGGAUGGAGACUGGGAGUGGAGUGAUGACGAACUGGACGAGGGCAGUGAGGAGGGCAAGGCAGCAGUGAAUCAGGGCAGGUCACGAAGGGUCAAAGAUGAGGCCAGAGAUAAUGAGGAGAAUGCCAACAAUGUCCCUAUUGAAGGCUUGUCUAUUCAGCAUCCCCAGGUCGAACCAUAUGAGGACACAGCCUUUAUUCAAGGUGCCGUGAACAUGGUACUACGGCUGAGGAACUCCAGAAAGGAGCUGAAUGACAUUCGGUUUGAAUUCACUCCAGGGCGAGACACUGCUGAUGGCGUUUCCCAGGAACUGUUCUCGGCUGGUCUGGUCAAUGGGCACGAUGUUGUAAUUGUUGCUGCUAACCUUCAAAAGAUUGUAGAUGACCCAACUACCUACAAAGUGUUGACCUUUAAGCUGGCUUCCGGCUGUGAUGACACGGAGAUUCCCGAUGAGGUGAAGUUGAUCGGCUUUGCGCAGCUGAGUGUUAGCUGAUGCUCUCUCUUCAUGCCUGAAGCAGGUGAGACAGGGGAGACAGUUCAGGGCAGACAGACUGAGGAACACAACCACCACUUCCUGCAAUAUGUUCCCCCCAACAGAACCCUCCCUGAAAACUCACUCCUCGCUCCUCCUUCCUCACUUCUUUUCACCUUCCCUGAGGCCCAAGCUCCGCCACCGCCCCUUCCUGCACCUCCUUAGCGCAAAAUCCCUCCUCACUGUCCCCCCGACCUUUAACCUUAACAACAUUCCACCGCCCAGCGCACAGACCAGGAUCAGGAUACAGCCCAGGAAACCUAAAGAUGUACUCAGGUGGUGAAAGAAGGUGAUUAAGAUGUAGCUUUGAAUGUUUUAUUUAUUUACUCAUUUUUGUUUUACAUCACAUUACCUCUGUGUUCAGCAAAGCUCUCAUUAUUUAUUGAAAUGAGAAGGUUUUUUUUCCCCCCCUCUCACGCUGUUUUGUUGCCACAGUGAAAACAAAUUUGCUUUGACUCACAUCUCACAAACCCACUCAUUUGUGAAGUUUCCCUGAGGUCUGUGUCAGAAUGUAAGAUUUAGUCCAUUUAUGGGGAAAAGCACAUUUUCAUAAGAACAUAAUGAAUGUCUAAGAAUAGAAUGAAUUGUAUUUCUGUGUCAAGGCUUGUUUCAUAUUACCAAGAAGGGACCCAUUUGCUUCAGUGCGCAGUAAAAAAAGAAAAGAGACCUGGAUGCUACUGUGUAUAAUUUGCUGCUCUCGACAGUGUUAACGCUUCAAAAUGCUAGAGGUGCCUUGUUCAUUUUUCUGUGCCUAAGAAAGUAGUCAACGAGUGAGACCACACAAAGACCAGAGCCUGCUGAUUACCAUUUCACCGAUGUAUUAGUCCAGCAAUGACACAAUUCAAGUGAAGUAUCUUGACUUAAUGAGGCAAACUGAAAUGCACUUUUGGGCUGAGUGUGUGCGCCCGACAAGCAGAUGCUUAGCCCCCGGAGACAAGUUAAUUUGAGUGCUUUUGUCAUCAGACAAAUAAAACAUAACAGAACCUGCAGUGGUGUAAUCUGUUCUGGUUGAUGCGUUUUCAGAUGCCAGGCUAAUCAACAAAACCACAACAGUUUAAUUUUCUUACUCUGUCCUCCUGCACUACGAAACUUUCUGUUCCCAAAAAUAUGGCAGUUACUAAAAUGUACUGUAUGACAAUGCGUCUGAGGAUGAAACCAAAACGGCAACUACUGAAAGGGCGACGAGCCAUUUGUUUGUCCAAACAAGUCCAGUAGCUCUAAAUUAUUUUUAAGGUAUUGAGGUGUUAAAAUAUUAACUUCUACUAAAUUCUUUAUUUUAUGAAGUAAUUUAUUGUGUUUUCUAUGUACAGUAUGUGUACCAUUUCAGCAUAUUACCCCUAUUACCCCCUCUCUGUAAUCAGCUGAUGUCAAAUUUCCGAUGAGGAGCAACAAAUAAAGAAUUGCUAUUAUUUAAAAA